AUGUGCAAAGAUGUGAUCUUUCAUGAAGCUGUUCGGGAUACCUACAUUAGUGUGGAAAAGAAAGCCAUCCAUGGCAUUAUAAAUAUGAAUAAUUCUGAGCAAUCCAAGACCUACUAUCAAGAGGAUCUUUCCAUCAUUGUGGUUAAGAUGAAUUUAAGCACGACAAAUGAUUUUGUACAAAUCGCCGCUCCAGGGUUAUAUCUAAAGAACUACAACCUGUCCUGUCAAUUCUAUGAUGAAAACGGAGACGGAACCUGGAAAGCGGAUGGCUGUAACACCACUCCAAUCAGUGAUAAUGUUGUGGAGUGUUACUGUAACCAUAUGACCCCUUUUGCUGUGCUUCUGAUCAACUUGAAUUACCCAACAAUAUCCGAAAAGCAAUGGGAAAUCUUGUCGUACAUCAGCUAUGUAGGCUGCGGUCUCUCUACGUUCUUUUCUGCCACCACUGUCUUGUCAUUCAUUUUCAACAGUAAUGCAAGGGCAGAAGUGUCCAGCAGCAUUCACGUGUCUCUGAGUGGCGCUCUGUUUCUCCUCAACAUGAGCUUCAUGCUCGGCGAGUGGGCCGCUACACUGACUGUGAAAGAAGUCUGCAUGUUUAUUGCUGUGACGAUACACUACAGCCUGCUGUGUUCAUUCACCUGGAUGGCUGUUGAAGCCUUGCACCUCUACCUUCUUCUCAUCAGAGUCUUCAACAUUUACAUCAGACAUUACAUGGUCAAGCUGUCUCUGAUUGGAUGGGGAGUCCCUGCAGUUAUUGUUGGAGGCUUGCUGUCGGUUAAUAACAUGUAUGGUAUAACGGAGAUGAAAUUUUCUGAUACGAAUGCAACAAAUCAAAUUUGCUGGAUCAGAGACCCUCACGUCCUGUAUGGCGUGAACAUUUUCUACUUCUCCAUCGUAUUCCUGUUCAAUUUAGCAAUCCUAAUCACAGUGUCCAGACAGAUCCUUAGGCUACGACAUGUGGGCAACAGGCAUGACAAGAUGCAAGUUUGGAAGGAUGCUGGCACAGUUUUGGGCCUCAUGUGCCUGGUGGGUACAACAUGGGGCUUGGCCUUCUUCAGCUAUGGAUAUAUCAACUACCCGAUACUCUACCUAUUCUGCAUCUUAAACACAAUGCAAGGGUUUUACAUCUUUGUGUGGAUGUGUGGUACAGCGAGGAAAAACAGAGCGCAAACACCUCAUUCCAAGUCUAAAUCCACUCUGGACAGCUCCAAAUAAGGUCCUCUCAUUCAUUUCUCUAAC